AUACCCUCCUUUCCCUGACACAAACAUGGCAUCGCUACGAGUCCCGACACAGAGAUGGACCCUGUCCAAGCCCUGCACCAGCCUCACCAGCUUUGAUUAGGUUGUUGACCUUCGGUCUGAAAUGAAGCUGCCGGCUUGCCUCCUUUCUGUCUGUCUAUCACGCUCAUUCUGUCCUUUGCUCUCCUUCGCAUUUGUUGCCGAGAAUGAAAGGUAUUGAUAAGUAGCCACUUGUUGUCUCCUUCGCCAUGUCCAAUUCCACGCCCUCGGCCAGCGAUAUAAUCACCUAUAUCGGGGUGCCCCUAGCCGUGCUUGGAGUCUUGCCAAUCCUGUACAACACGGCUGUGACCUUGGCUGCCCUGUCCAAGAUCAAGCGCAUGCUCCGCCAUUCCCGCCUGACUGCCUUGACUCGUAGCGAUGUCGUCAACCGAGUCAUCGAGGUCGACCUGCCGCGCUACGCGGUGACGCCCUGGGACAGGUUCACCGACCGCACCGAGUACUGGACGCUGUCGCGCCACCCAAGCGUUAUCCCCGGCGGGAGCUGGACCACGUUCAAUUGGCGGACCAACACUAUAGGGCUCAAGACUCAGCGCGUCGAGUAUGCUGACCAGCUCCGCCAGCCCCAGGUCGAGGUCGCCCUCGACGAGCUGGUCUGCUAUCUCCUGGAUCUGGGGGCAACGCCGGACCCCCUUGGCUGGCGGCUGCUGAGGAGUACGGGGCUGUGGACACCUGUGGGCUGCACGUUGAUGACAUCUCCCGAUGGUCGAGAGCCGGCUCUAUCUAUUGCGCCAUUGGUCGAUUCGGACGGUCAUUUGAGUCUGACGGCGACCUGGUCAAGCCACUGGACGACGAGGAACUAUUCAGAUUUACCGCCUUACUGGGUCCGGCUACCACCGGCGCCGCAGGAGGAAGAGGCAGCGAAGACGAAGAAUUCGGCCGAGGCUUCAGAUUCGAUCGAGGGCGACGCUCCUCCCUACCCUCAAGGAGAGAGCUCUAGUAUGAGCAAGGAAUCUCUGGACUCGGCGCAGCAGGAAGCAGAGGGAAACUCGAGGAGACCAAUCACCUGCCAGAUCUCUAUGGACGGCAUUGUCACGGCGUUAACCCAUGAAGAUCAACUCCAGAGCUCCGUCAAACUCGACAGUCUUUACAUUGAGCACAUCAGGGUCCGAUAUGCCGAGUCUGAUGGUGUCUGGUUUGCCAGCGCGGCCACGGCCUAUGGGACGACGAGCCAGACCGUGCUGUGGAACUACAAGAUUCCGGAUGAUAUCCUCACUUUUGCCAGGAAGGAGACAAUCCCCUGUGGUGUCCUUGUCCUCCUGAAUGUCGUCGAUAUGUCGGCCGCCCCCGAGUGGGCGACGGAAUAUAACGACCAGGGGGCUGCGCUCGACCGCCAUGUGAAGAUGCACCGUGAGCAGCGGCAAGCGAUGGAGGCCGAGGCCCGGAUGGCGCCGGCACAGCGGGAAGCCGCCGUUAGGGAUAGGGUGAGACGGGAGAACGAUGAGAGGCUGCAGGACAUGCGUGACAAGAUGCGCCUCGAUACCCAGAGGAGAGAGUUACGCAUGAUGGAAGCCAUCCAGAGUCCCAAGUGGGAUACGAAGUUGGUGGCGGAGCACAACUUGACCUGGCUGAAGAACCGCGGUCAUGUUCCAGACGCCACGAGUUUGAAGGAUGCGGUGGGUAUACUGCUCCACCGGAUGGUCCUGGACGGGCAGUUCUCCUCCACCAUGUGCAGGAUGCUCGAUCUUUGGAAGGCCUGGGCGGAAAACGGGGGGAUGCGGAAGUCGGACUUGAGUGCGCUGCAGGCGGAUCAGAUUACCUUUGCCCAGUCCACGCUGCUGAUCGCAAUGAUCAAAGACACCUCUGCAGCAUUAGAGGGGACCUUGUCGGUGGACUUGCAAGAAUGCCUGCGGAUGUGGAAAAAAGUCCGACUUGGAUAGUGCCAGGCGGCCUUCGAGGUGUCGAGUCCUCCAUCCCUUUAUAAGACAGCACAAAUGCCCUCUAUUCUAUGCCCUUGAUGGUAAUAUACCGACAGUGGCACCCUGUGCCUCCUCAAAGUUAUGUAUUCUCUAAUCCUACAUGUUGUACACGAAGACACCUACGCAGGAUCUUCGAUGCUUAGCAACCGCUCAUUCUACGUCCUUCCGGAUGCCAAAGAAAUAAUUCCCUAUUUUCUCGCUCCCACCGACCUCCUUCCAUCCAAGACCGG